AUGGGUGCGAGGUUUGCCUGUUAUUCAUGGCCACGAGAGCAGGGUGGUGUGGCUGUGGAUGUGUGUGUGUGUGUUCUCCUUCGAGGGGGGCCUCGUCCUCGUCUUCUUCCUCCUCCUCCUCCUCCUCCUGGCCCCCCUCCCUCCCCCGGCGUGGCAAAAACUCAAUCGCAAUCUGCCAUCUUGAGCCGACUCUGGGUCUCUCCGGAGCGGAGCCUCCGUUGCAGCCGCCGCCAAAGCGUCGCCCCGCCGCCUCCUGCCCGCAUCCCUUUCUCCCCGCGCCGCUCCGGGGACUGCGAGCCCAGGUCUUCCUGGGAGGGGAGCGGGGAGGCAGCCGGGAAACCGGGAAGGAUCCUCCCCCCCGGGACGGAACGGGGUCUUUCUCCGCUAGCUCCUCAUGCCGGUCCUGCGGGGAGAGAGCUGCAAAAGUUGCCGGAGAAGCAACGCGAGCGAGGAGAGAAAGCCAGAGAGAGAGAGGAGGGGGGGGGGGGGCAGAGGGAAGGCACAGGCAGUUUGCAAAUAAUCAAGCGCCGAUGGCACGGAUCGCGGCUCUCUUCCCCGAAGGAGGGAGGGAGGGAGGCAAAGGGAGGGAAAACAAAAGGGGACCAGGGAUCGUGGGCACUGGUCGAGGAAGGGAAGGGGAGGAAACGAGGGGAGGGGACCAGCCCACCCCGUCCGGGGAAAAAGAAGAGAAAGAAGGAGGUGUGGCAUGGCUUUCGCUCUCCACUUGUGGGAAACUUUACCCCGCAGUCGCCUAAAGACUUCAUGCUCCAGGAUUAUAUCCUUGAAAGAAGAACCAAAUACACAUCAAGCCGAAUCAAGGACUGGAAUCUGAAAUGGGGAAGAUUGAUAGAUAACGUCAAAGGAAAAGGCAAAUAUAAAUAACUGAACCAUUCUCUCUCCACAUUUCAUCAUUUAAAAUAAUAUCUGAAUAAAGGAAAAUAUUGUUCCUAGAGGGUGCGGGGAAAGAGGAGUGGGAGGAGAGUAAUAUCGACAGACACAAGUGGGAGAUAAAGGUGGAGUCAUCAAUGUUAAGAAUAUUAAGAGAAUAACAUUUUGUAUGUAUUUUGAAAUGGUGACUGGUUUUGAUAUUAUUCUACCUGUUUACAAUAAAAACAUUAAUUAUAUAAAAAAA